UUCUAGGUAAUUGUCAUUGUCUUCAAAGUAAACCUAUAUCUCUUCUUUUCCAAUCUAGAUUCUCUAUAUAUAUAAAAGAGACUCGAGAAACAUAUAACUCUACAAACCAAAACAAAAGAACUAAGGUCAGAAGAAAGUUAGAUUCUGAUCUGCUCAUAAUUAAGAAGAGAACAAAUGAAGAAUCCGAUGAUGAAGACAUGGAAAAAAAUGAAGUCUUUUGGGCAUAAGAGCUCUUCAAGCACGCCUUCAAUAAUCACCAAGAGCAAGUCUUGGAAUGGCUCUGUUCAUCUCGAGAAUGCUGAGAACAUCGAAUCAACAGGAAAUAUCAAGAAAAAGUCGCCGCCGCCUCCGCCACACGGGUGUUUCACAGUUUACGUGGGUCCCACGAAACAGAGGGUCGUGGUGAAAACGAAAUUGUUGAACCAUCCUUUGUUCAAGAACUUGUUAGAAGAAGCAGAGACUGAAUAUGGAUAUAGAUGUGAUGGGCCCAUUGUUCUUCCUUGCAAGGUUGACUUCUUCUUCAAAGUUUUGGCUAAUAUGAGGUCUAACGGUGAUGAGUAUGAUGAAGAUGAUGAUGAUGAUGAUGGAAUGAUGAAUCCUCCGAUCUGCGGUUUGGGUAGUCCCUACAGAUGUGCUGGUCUCGAUUCCAUGGGCGUGAGACGUAGCGACUCGUACAAGCUUCUUCGAUCUCCAUCUUUGUUUAAAUUAAAAUAGAUUUUGAAAAGAUAAAAGAAUGAUUUUUAUUUUGUUUUUAUUUUUCUGUUCCAUAAUACUAGAUAUCUAAGUUCUUGUUCAUAGCAUUACCGUUUGCAUAUAAGUUUUAAGCUUGAGUAAAAAUGUGAGGGAAAAAAAAACGAACCCUUACGUUUCCGAAUCGCAACUAUUUGCUUAAAUUAUGUUCCAUUUGUUUUCCUAAGAUUUUAAUGUCUGGUUUUGUAUCUUAAUACAUGUGAGUGUUUUUGGAUGGCUCAAACUUUGAAUUACAGAAAUUAAUAAAAGCACUAAAUUUACUGAA